UGAUAAGAAAAUAAAAUAAGCUUACCCAUUGCAAUAUAUUAAAAUUAUCAGUUAUCGUUUAUCAAUUUGACGGUUUCUAAACAUUAAUGUUGAUUGUUGUCACCAUCCGAUUGUUUAUCAUUGCAACAGACAAAUCUGCCAAAAAACUGUUCCUAGUACGAAAAUUAAAUUAUAAACGAUUGAAUGACACAGUUAUUUGGUAGUAUGGAAAGUUUUAUAAUUUAACCAACUGUUAUGAAUAAUGAUUCAGGCAUAAUUUGUUUUCAACAUUGUGAUAAUAAGAACAUAUACUGUAUAAAUAUACCAAAUAGUUGUCCUAUUUGCAAAAUAUGCAUACAAGAUCAAUUAACAAUUCCAAUUAGAGUUCCUUAUCCAUUUGUAAGAGCAUCUCAACAACCAUGUUCCAUUGUUAUAAAACCCACUCGAGGCGAUUUUUUAAACAAUUACCAAUUAUUGGAUCAUUUGCAUAUUGGAGUAACAAACUCAAGAGGAACCGUUAUAUCUUACGAUUGGAAUGGAAUCAAUGAGGAUACAGAUAACUGGCAGAGAUGCUUAGUUGUUUUUGAGCUCAAUGACAAUUGUUGGGAUACUCAGUGGGAUAAUGUAUUGACUGAUCUUGUGAAAAAUAAUUGCUGGGAUAGUGCUAGGUACGACCUAACGAAACACAAUUGUUUUUCGUUCAUUAUGGAGUUCAUAAGACGGUUCAAUGGAUUCAAACGAUCGGUAAAUCGCGUUGAAACGAAAGAAAAUUUUACGGAAUUGUACAUAGCUCCGACCACGAUAAAAGCUUACAAAUACAUCUACCUUUAUAGAAAAAUUGUUGAAAAUAGUUAUUAUAUUUAUAAUCAAUCAUCAAAAGAAAUUUUGAAUACAUAAUGGUAAUAACAUAUUUUGAUCACGUAUAUCCUUUGUUAUAGUAUUACCUACAUAAAAUGUACCUAUACGACAAUAUUGUACACACAAUUAAUCGUAACGAUACACUGACGCGUCGGAAGUUCGUCAAAAUCCCAUUGGUAGAUUUUACAUCGUUCAAUGAUUACAAACGGAGCUGAACCUACUUGAAAUUAAUAUAUAUAUAUAUAUAUAAAUAAAAAAGCAAAUAAAUAAAAACAAAAGAAUUGAUUUUCUUUUUUUCUUUUCUUUCCAAGACCGUAUACACUAAAUUAAUAGGAAACUUUGUCAAAAGUAAUCAUAAAAUAUUAUGAUGUUUUAAUCUAAUGUGUACAUGUGUAUACAUGUUAUCGUUACAUGUUUAUAUUAUAUUGUACAAUACAAUUUUUUUUUUUUUUUAACAAUUUUGUAUUAUAUAUUAUAUAGUAGG